AGAAAUGACAACAAAUAGUCUUUGAGGCUUUUUUGGUUAAAAGGGUGGCCACAUAUUCUUUCAAAACGCCUCUUAUGGUUAUGGAAUCAUGUACCCACUGCCACUCUUUCUCAACAUUUCCUUCGUUUAUUUUGUUCAAGACAAAUAAGCACAAAAACUCUCAUCAGUUUUUUCAAGUGUACUCUCCUGGAACAAUCAGUUUCCUCUCACUUGAUAGUAUCGGUUUGAUAAAAAAAAAAUUCUGUCAUUACACUUGGUCUUUCACUCCUUAAUCUUUUACAAAUUCCAGGCUAGAAAGAGUGUCUUUCGGAGAGUUUCUGAUAAGAGUUUUGUUUUUAGAACAUUAGCUACAAUGUCUAGAGUUCUACAUCAAAUGAAGAAUAAUAAAGAUGGUGUUUUCAUAUAUCCACCUCCUCCUCCAUCACCUUCUUCUUCGUUAUCAAGUCCUAACAGUACUAUCAAGUAUGAAAAUGAAUCAACUCAAUCAUCAUCAGUUGGUAGAAUCAGUCCGGUAAUUCUUUUUAUUAUAGUAACUCUAGCUGUUGUUUUCUUCAUUUCUGGUCUUGUCCAUUUGCUUGUCAGAUGUCUCAUAAAGAGACAAUCUUCUUUACCAAUUCAUCGAUCCAAUAAUCGACACCCAGAAACCCCUCAUGCUUUUCAAAGACAGCUUCAACACCUUUUCAGGCUACACGACUCCGGUCUAGACCAAGCUUCAAUAGAUGCUCUACCUAUAUUCUAUUAUAAAGAUAUAAUGGGCUUGAAGGAGCCAUUUGAUUGCGCAGUCUGUCUCUGUGAAUUAUCAGACCAUGACAAGCUGAGGUUGCUUCCGAGGUGUAGCCAUGCCUUUCACAUCACUUGUAUAGAUACAUGGCUUCUUUCAAACUCCACCUGCCCUCUUUGUAGAGGGACCCUUUUGAACUCAGGCCCUCCCACGGAGAAUCCAGUUUAUAGUUUUGACGUUUGGAGGGAGAUAUCAAAUGGGUUCUCCAGUGAUGUAGAGAAUGGAUUUUCUUGUCAUCAAACCCCGGCAAAUACAGAAGAAAGCGCUGACCCGAAAAGGGUUUUUUCUGUGAGACUUGGAAAAUUUAGAAGCACAAAUGAAGAUAGCAAAGAGAGAGGUCCAGGAGAAAUAAGUAGCUGUAAUUUGGAUGCAAGAAGAUGUUACUCAAUGGGAACAUAUCAAUACGUGGUUGGUGAUUCAGAUUUACAAGUUGCAUUGUCCGAUGAUAGAGAUGGAGCUGCUGGUGUUAAAAGUGAUGUGAAGCCUGUCAAAGAGAAAGAAGAGCAUGGGAAUUCUUUAGUUGAUGGUGAAAUGGAAGGGAAGAAAAUCAAUAGUAGAAGUAGAGGUGAGAGCUUCUCUGUAUCCAAGAUAUGGCUUUGGUCUAAGAGGAGCAAGCUGCCGAGUUAUUUGAGUACACAUAUGGAUACGCCUUCUUAUCUCUCUUACCAUAAGUUUGCCAAUGAAAUAUAGCUGGAAUGGUAUAGUUAUGGUGACAGUACAAUAGUACCAUGCUUAUUAUUAUUUCCUGAUGAAUCAAAUAAAUAAACACAUGUUCCAAUUCCUGUUGAUUAAUAUUUUCAUAGAAAAAAUAAAAUGCAUAUUUGUUGUAUAGUCGUGUAUUUCUUUGACUUAAAUGAGAG